GAUCGGAGACUUUCGACUCAACCAGCUUGCUUAAUGGCAGACAAUCCUGCACCACCAAUCUGUCGCACAACAAACCCGAAAAUAUAGACAAUCUCUUGCGGGGGUUUCAUAUCACUGUUCUUCGCCAUGGAUGCCGCAAUCGACCUCACUGACCGCUCGCAAGCUCUCGACCUCGCCAAUAUCCGCGCUCAACUAAUUCGUCUCGAAGACACAAUCACCUUCCAUCUCAUCGAGCGCGUGCAAUUCCCGCUAAACCAGACCAUUUAUGUGCCCGGUGGUGUCAGAAUCCCAGGCAGUGACCUUAGUCUGAUGGACUACCUGCUCCGCGAGCAAGAACGCCUUCAAUCUCGAGUGCGCCGCUACGACUCUCCCGACGAACACCCCUUCUUCCCAGACGCGCUGGAAGAACCGAUCCUCGAACCACUCGAAUACCCGGAAAUCCUAUACGCAAACAACGUGAACCUAAACCACACCAUCAAACAGCGCUACAUCGAAGAGAUCCUUCCCUCAGCCUGCCCCAAUGACCGAGUCGAUCGCGGCGCGUCACAGGAAAAUUACGGGUCGUCUGCAACCUGCGACGUGAACGUGCUGCAGGCGUUGUCUCGCCGCAUACAUUUUGGCAAGUUCGUGGCAGAGUCGAAGUUUCAGGAAAACCCGGAGAAAUUUGUCCAGUUGAUCAAGACCAAGGACAAAAAGGGGAUUGAUGAGGCAAUCACGAAUAUGAAGGUUGAGCUUAAGAUUCUGGAACGGAUUAAGAUGAAGGCAGAGACGUACGGGAGUGACCCUGCUUUGGCAGAGUAUCGUAACAAGGUUGACGCGGAUGCUGUUGUCAGUUUAUACAAGAACACUAUUAUCCCACUAACCAAGGUUGUUGAGGUGGAAUACUUGAUGCAGCGCUUGAAAGGCACACAAUGGGAGUAGCCCACCAACGCGCGGUUCUCCGUACUUUUACUAUUAUGACGCAUGACACAGCGCUUUGUUUGAUAUAGUUUGGGAUAUAAUUAAAGCAUUUAUACAGAUCUCUUUUGACAGAAAGA